AUGCACCGCGCCCCCGUCGCCGGCUUUCGGGUCAUCGACUGCCUUACCCGGGACAUCAUAAGUGGGACAUUGGCGGGCGAGCAAACAUACGCUGCUCUGAGUUACGUCUGGGGUUCUGACUCUACGUCUUUCCUCACCGUCACAGCAGGGGACGGUCGAUUGCCUGACGACGUGCCCCGGGUUGUUGAGGACGCUAUGGAAGCUACGCUCCAGCUGGGGUUCAGGUUCUUAUGGGUAGAUCGCUACUGCAUCCGCCAGGACCGGCCAUUGGAGAAGCACGAGCAGAUAAAGAAGAUGGGCGACAUCUACGAGCAGGCUGUCGUGACUAUUGUCGCCGCCGCCGGGACUCGGGCGCACAUGGCCUCCCGAGACAUCACCGUCGGUGGCCAAUCCUUGUCCGUCGCCUCGACCAACGUCAGCGCCAGGAUCCAGCAGUCGAGAUGGAACACACGUGGCUGGACCUAUCAGGAGUCGCUGCUCUCUCGCCGCCGGCUCGUCUUCACUGACAGCCAGGUCUACUUCCAGUGCACUCCAUGA